AUGUCCAAGGUAUUCGUCGGCAAUGUCAAGAGUGUGUUGAGCGGUGACACACUGAUCUUGACGAGCCCCAACAACCCCGCCGCCGAACGGAACUUCUCGCUCGCAUAUGUCACGGCCCCCCAUUUGAGACGAGAUGGAGACGAGCCUUUUGCUUUCCAGUCUCGCGAGUAUCUGCGUAACUUGGUCGUCGGGAAGCCAGUCCAAUGCACCAUUCAGUACACCAUCCCUAACUCUGGCCGAGAGUUUGGUACCGCCAAGCUGAAGGAUGGCAGCGAGCUACCCGACGAGUUGGUCAAGGCCGGAUGGCUAAAAGUCCGCGAGGAUGCUGGCCGCAAGGAAGAAAACGAGGAAGUCCUGGAACGUCUUGAAAAGCUCCGCGGCUAUGAAUCGCAGGCCAAAGCCGAAGGCAAGGGCUUGUGGGCCAGCGGCGGUGGCAUCAUUGAGGUCCAGAAUGACCUCGGUGGCCCUGAUUUUAUGAAGGAGUGGAAGGGCAAGACGGUUGAGGGCGUGGUUGAGCGAGUACUCAGUGGCGACAGACUUCUUGUAAGACUGUUGCUCUCAGAGAAGAAGCAUGUGCAGCCUAUGACACUCAUUGCCGGUAUUCGCACACCUGCAACGGAGAGAACAGUUCCAUCCACCGGUACCACUCAGCCAGCUGAAGAAUUUGGCAACGAAGCCAGGCAAUUCGUCGAAAGCCGCCUGCUGCAGAGACAAGUCAAGGUUGAGAUUGUUGGUGCCAGUCCUCAGGGGCAGCUGGUUGCCACCAUCAUCCACCCCCGUGGUAACAUUGCUGAGUUCUUGCUGCAGGAUGGCCUGGCUCGAUGCAAUGAUUUCCACUCCACCAUGUUGGGUGAGAAGAUGGCUGCUCUCCGAGCAGCCGAGAAGCAAGCGCAGUCUAAGAAGCUGCGACUCCACAAGCACCAUGUCGCCAAGGCUGAUGGUGGCAACCAGGAGAUGACGGUUAGCAAGAUUGUUGGAGCUGAUACCAUUAUUGUGAAGAACAAGGCUGGGGCCGAGAAGAGGAUCAGCUUCAGCAGCAUCCGUGGCCCCCGUACCAACGAAGCGAGCGAGAGCCCAUUCAAAGAGGAAGCGAAAGAGUUCCUGCGUCAGAAAUUGAUUGGAAAGCAUGUCAAGAUCAGCAUCGACGGCAAGAAGCCUGCCACUGAAGGAUUCGAGGCUAAAGAGGUGGCCACAGUUACCGAGAAGGGCAAAAACAUUGCCCUUUUGUUGGUUGAAGCUGGAUGGGCUUCCGUCAUUCGUCACAGAAAGGACGACACCGACAGAGCCUCCAACUACGAUGAGCUUCUGGCAGCCCAGGAGAAGGCGAAGGAGGAGCUGAAGGGAAUGUGGUCGGGCAAGCCUCAAAAAGCCAAGCAGUAUACUGAUCUGUCAGAAAACACGCAAAAGGCCAAGAUUAUGCUUGCCACCCUACAGAGACAGAAGAAGGUUCCUGCCAUUGUCGAUUUCUGCAAGGCUGGCUCCCGAUUCACACUUCUUGUUCCCCGCGAGAAUGUUAAGCUGACGCUGGUUCUUGGUGGCAUCCGCGCUCCCAGAGCUCCACGCCCAGAUGGAGAGGGCGGCGAGCCGUUUGGCAAGGAGGCCUUAGAGUUGGCCAACCGACGAUGCAACCAGCGAGAUUGCGAGGUCGACAUUCAUGACAUGGACAAGGUUGGCGGGUUCAUCGGCGCUCUGUACAUCAACCGCGAGAACUUUGCCAAGGUAUUGGUAGAAGAGGGCCUCGCCUCCGUUCACGCAUACUCUGCUGAAAAGUCUGGCAACUCCGUGGAAUUGUUUGCCGCUGAGAAGAAGGCCAAGGAGGCACGAAAGGGACUGUGGCACGACUACGAUCCUUCACAGGAGGAGGCAUACGAAGAAGAGGAGGUUCCCGAGGAGACACCUGCUGAGACUGAAGUGUCUCUAGACAAGAAGCCUACCGAUUAUCGCGAUGUUAUGAUUACCAACAUUGACGGCAACGGCAAGAUCAAGAUUCAAGAGAUUGGCAAGGGAACCGCCUCCCUGGAGACGAUGAUGAAUGAGUUUAGAAAGUUCCACCUGGACUCAAAGAACAACAAGCCUCUCGGCGAUGCUCCCAAGACUGGAGACUUUGUUUCGGCCAAGUUCUCUGCAGACGGACAGUGGUACCGAGCUCGUGUUCGAUCCAACGAUCGCACCGCCAAGGUGGCCGAAGUGCAGUAUGUCGACUACGGCAACAGCGAAAAGAUUCCCUGGUCCAACCUUCGAUCUCUGGAUCAGAGCCAAUUUGGUGUCCAGAAGCUCAAGGCCCAGGCCAUCGAUGCGUCUUUGUCAUUCGUACAGCUUCCCACUGGUGCUGAUUACUUCAAUGAGGCUAUUGGCGUCAUUGCUGAGAUGACUGAGGGUAAGCGUCUGGUGGGCAGCUUCGACUUUGUGGACAGCAAAGAGAAUGUCAGCUACAUCACCUUGUACGACCCCAAGUCAAACAACGAGCUGCCGGGCUUGAACGACUCCAUCAAUAAGGAGGUGGUUGCCAGCGGCUACGGCAUGGUUCCCAAGAAGCUCAAGACGUGGGAGCGAAGCAAGGCGUUUGAGCCGUACCUCAAGCACCUUCGCGAGAUUGAGAGCCAGGCUAAACAAGACCGUCUGGGCAUGUGGGAGUAUGGUGACAUUACUGAGGAUUAG